AUGGGUGAGAACAUCCUGCCGCACAGCAGCAUCCAAGAGAACUCACCACCCGGCUCAGCAACGACCACCAACUACGAAGAUGCAGACACCGAAUCCUGCCCACUCAUCACCUCAUCUCCUUCAACCACCCCAGCAACCCCCCAAAAGAAACCCCUCACCCUCCUCAACGGCCUCGCCCUCGUCAUAGCCCUGCAGAUCGGCAGCGGCAUCUUCACCCUCCCAACCCAGGUAAGCCAGUCCGUCCCGUCGCCGGGCGCGGGCUUGCUGGUCUGGCUGCUCGCAGGCCUGCUGGUGUGGACCGGCGCGGCGAGCUUCAUCGAGCUGGGGUGCAGGGCGCCGAGCAACGGGGGCAUCCAGGAGUACGUGCGGGUCGCGUAUGGUAGCGGUGGGGGCAGGAGGGGCUACGACGACGAAGAUGAGGAGGAGGGCACCAAUGGGGGUGAGCGGGAUGAGGACGAUGCAGCCCGGGGAGACCCGGAUAUGGCGGGGUGCUUGAUUCCAUCGGCGACGGCAGUGAGUGUGGACAAUCACGACAAAGUAGGACCAAGGGGCGAGCUCGCCGGCUUCGUCUUCACCUGGACGUGGGUUCUCCUCGCCAAACCGGCCGCCAACGGCGCCAUCAGCACCAUCGCGGCGAACUACCUCGCCCGGCCGUUCCUCCCAGGCCCCUCGCCCUCCUCGGAGGGGGGAGGCCUCUCGCCCCUCGCCAGCAGGCUGACGGCGCUGGCAUGCGUGGGCUCCCUCACGGUGGUCAACUGCCUGGGCGCCACGUCCGGCGCCAAGGCGGCCAACGUGUUCCUCAUGCUCAAGCUGUCCGCCCUGGGGAGCAUCAUCCUCAUGGGCUUCUUCGCCCUGGUCACGGGGUGGCAUGCCGGUGGCGUCCCGGCGUCAGAGACCGGGUGGUUCGGGCGGUCUGAGGCGGACCGGGAGACGCCGGCAUGGGAGCUCCUCGGGGAGUUCGUCACGGCUACAUUUGGCGCCGUGUUCUGCUACGGCGGCUGGGAAACGGUCGGCUUCGUGCUGGGCGACAUGGCACAACCCGAGCGCGACCUCCCUCGCGUCAUCACCGGCGCCAUGAUCACGGUGAUGACAGGCUUCAGCCUGAUGAACGCUGCUAUAUACAUCUGCCUGCCCUUCGAGGUCAUUCGGACGAGCAGCACAGUCGCGGUGGAGUUUGCACAACGCACGCUAGACUCUGCGGCCGCUGGAGUCGUCUUCUCUGUCGUGGUGUCCGCCUCGGCCCAGGGUGCCCUCAACGCAAACGUGUUUGCUACGUCCAGGCUCUGUGUCGCAGCAGCUCACCGAGGGUAUUUCCCGGCGGCCCUGGCGAACCUGCACUGCAGGUCUGAGGCGGACGAGGCCGACUACUUAGAGGAGGCGCUGGUUGGCCUGAAGCGCCCCGUGUUCUCUGUUCUGAAGAUCGGUGUGACUUGGUUCGCCGAGGCAACCAGGGAGUUGCGCUGGAGGAGAGGUGUCCCGGUAUAUGCAAUGCUGCUGAACGGCCUCCUGUCAGCCUUCUUCAUCGUAGCAGGCAGCUUCAACGGCCUCGUGGUGCUCAUAGCUGCCGUGCUUGGGCUGCUCCUCAUGCGCUCACGCGAGCACUACGACGCGAGCCGCUGCCAAAACGGCCUCAGCCGCAACAGUGGUUUGCCGAACCGUUCCAGGAGCAGCCGCCCAGCUCGCUACCGCACUUGGAUCGGAAACCCUGUGGUUUUCAGCAUGGUCAGCGCGUUCCUCAUCCUGCGGGCCGUAGUGACCGACCCAUUCCAGGGCCUUGCCAUAGUGCUUGUGGUUGGCUCGGGGGUCGGCGCUUUCUCUAUGAGGUCUGGCUGGCCGUGGGCUAAUUAG